CCUAGAAAAUUGAGGUGGAAUCUCGGAAUGAUGAUGGCAACAGCUGACAGACAAAUAAAGACAACAGUUGUCAGUCAUAGCUUAAGAUUAGAAUAUAAAAUGUAAUGGAACAUACUGAUGCCCGUGAAGUUGAGUCGUCAGACUCCACAUGUUCAGAAAUACAUGAAGAAGAAAACGAUUCAGUCUCAAAAACUGAAGAUAAUUCGGAAACUCCAACUCAAGAAACUUCAACGAUGCCUAACGAUAUACCACAUAGGAAAAGAAAUUUAUUUGGAUUUUGGUGGCUUGGCUUGUGUAACAACUUUGCCUAUGUUAUCAUGCUAAGUGCUGCCCAUGAUAUUCUUAGAGAGCAGGGAGGAGGAGAAGGCCACUCCAACACCAGUUCCAAUACUACAACCCCAGCUCCUGUGAACAGUAGCUAUGAGCGGCUUCACUGUAAUCCAAUAUCAACUGGGGCAAUCCUUUUGGCCGACAUAUUACCAACUUUACUCAUCAAACUAACAGCACCCUUUUAUGUUGAACGACUAAGUUAUAGAUUUAAGGUUUCCACGGUGACUGUAUUUUGCCUACUGAGUUUUGUAUUGGUGGGAUUUUCUGGAGGAAUCUGGAUGAGCAUUACAGGUGUGGUGUGUGCCAGUAUUGGAGGUGGACUAGGGGAGGUAACCUAUCUCAGCUACUCAUCAUUUUUCCACAGGAAUGUGGUAUCAGCAUACUCGUCGGGAACAGGUGGUGCUGGUGUGUUUGGGGCCCUGGUGUAUGCGGGACUGACCAGUGCUGGACUAUCUCCUAAAGCCACCACACUGUGUAUGGUCAUCAUUCCAAUUAUUAUGGCUGUCAAUUUUUUCCUGGUGAUCAAAAAGCCCCAAGGACAUUCUACCCGAGAGUCUGCAGACAGUUCGUUAUUGCUGAUGGAGGAAGCUAAAAAGUCCGAGAGAUUGGUGUUAUCAGCAAAACAGAAAAUAGCCCUGCUUGUGCCGUUGUUGAAGUACAUGGUGCCCCUAAUGCUUGUGUAUUUUGCUGAGUAUUUCAUCAAUCAGGGUCUACAUGAAAUUUUGUAUUUCAACAAUAUCUGGCUGACUAAAUCAGAGCAAUACAGAUGGUAUCAGGUUGACUACCAACUUGGCGUGUUUAUAUCAAGGUCGUCAGUGAAUUUGAUUGAAAUAAAAAGACUGUGGCUUUUACCUAUCCUCCAGUUUAUCAACAUGGGCCUCCUCCUGUUACAAGUAUUUUACCAGUUCAUACCAAGUAUAUGGAUUGUACUAGGCAUCGUCCUGUAUGAGGGUCUUCUAGGAGGAGCUGCAUUUGUCAACACUUUCUUCAGGAUUUCCAAGAAGGUAGAGCCAGAAUACAGAGAGUUUAGUAUGGGCAUAGCCACGGUGGCCGAUUCCUUAGGUAUUGCAGUAGCCGGUGCUGUAACCAUUCCAAGUCAUAACAGCAUUUGUGCCCUCAACAUUCUUGUUCCCAAAUAAUCUUGGAUUUUUUACCACUUUCUGAUACUUAAUUAAUGUGAUAUUGUUAUAUAUACACACAUAAAGAUCGUGAUAUUGUUAUAUAUACACACAUAAAGAUCGUUGAAGAUCUGAUGAUUAUCCCUUUGUCCAUACUCGUAUUUUUUUAAUGGCAAAAUAUCAUUUUAAUAUUUUGAGGUGUUAAAU